CACUCACGCUGCCUUGCAAGAUAAUCAUUUCCAUUGCAAACUCCAACGCAGAAUUUCUUUGUGUACCGAAAACGUAUCUCAAAGGUGUGGUUUUUCACUUGAAUCUCAGCUGAGCGUCUUUCUCUGCUUCCCUCCGAAAAGUGGUCGAUCGAGAAGAUGUCUGACGAAGAGGCCCCCGUUGUGACUGGCGAGAAGAAGCGCGGACGUCCGGCGGCGGACAAGGACAAGCCCGUCGAGGCGAAGAAGCGACCCAGAACGUCGUCUCCGGAGGCGUCCGAGGGCAAGAAGGUGGCGGAGAACGGGAAUGUGGCGGCGAAGCGCGGCCGCGGCCGGCCAAAGGCGCCCGCCAAGGUGGCCGUGAAGAAGAAGCCGUCGCGCGGCCGCGGACGCCCCAAGGGCGGCCGGAAGGCCAAGAGCAGCUCCUCAGAGUCCGAGGAUGAGUCCGACGAGGAGGAGGAGGACGAGAAUGAUGCUGAGGAUUCCGACGAGUAGAUUCUCUGUCUCCUUUAUGUGUGGUUCAACCUCGUGAUUUCGGAAUGUGAUUAAGUGCUUUCAUUUGCCCCAGUUUUCCCUCCUGGAAAAGAUGACUGACAUUCUGGACAGCAAGAAAAAAAAAUGUGUGUGAGAGAAAAGAAAAAUUGUGAGCAUUUUCCCUAAAAAAAAGAAAAGAAAAUUGUAAAAUUAUGUGUUUCAUGGAGAGUCAAUAAAGGACUGCGAAGUCUUCAACCACUUUAUUUCGGAAGGAUA